UUGGAACAAGGAACACCUGUGACGAAGUCAGCACUUGAAUCCUGGAUUUCAAUGAGCUACUCUAAGCAUAGCGUACUAUCCGAUUUCCGAAAGCUCGGUGAUUCAAAGCGACAGCUUGGCUUUCUCUUACAUGAAAAACACAGGCAGUUGCUAGACAACCAUUCCCACCUAAGUAAAGAAACGUACCCAGACCCAUAUGGAAAGCUGGUCGAUUGCGAUAAUAACAAGUCGAGAAAUAUCAAGAAAAAGGAAGGAAGGCAGCUCCACGUUGUCAGUGAGUGGUUAAAGUUCCGACAAGUAUGGCUUACACUUUGGGCGCUAUUCAAGCGGCCACUCAAUUUUUCCUGGGCAAAAAUGAGCUGAGUAUCGACAACUGGACGUUCAAACUAUUCUACCAAGUGACUGCGUCAAUGUUGGUCGGAUCUUCGGUCUUGGUGACAUUCAACCAGUUUUUUGGUGAUCCCAUCUCAUGUGACCUGCCGCAAGGGGGCGUGAGCGAGAAAGUUUUAAAGGCAUAUUGUUGGAUGUACAGCACUUUCAAUAUCCCUCCAAGUUUUGAAGGUAGUUGUGCCCGGAAAAAACUGGAGGUUAUGCCCGUGUACAAUAGUUACUACCAAUGGGUGCCUAUUGUUCUUAUGAUGCAAGCAAUUUCCUGUUACAUUCCUCGUAUUCUUUGGCUCAUGAUGGAGGGAGGUCUCAUGAAGUUUUUGGCUAAGGGAAAAACUGGUCGAAUAGUUGAAGAUGAAGAAAAACAGAUUGCGAAUCUUCUGUACACAUUCAGACGCAAUCUGCAGAACAAGUACAACCGUUACACGUUGGUGUUUUUCCUGUGCGAAUUCCUGAACUUGUUCAUCGUCACCAGUCUCUUCUUCCUUACCAACUCAUUCCUGCAAGGCCAAUUCCUCACGUACGGCUAUCAAGUAUUUGCAUUUUACCAACUUCCUCCAGAGGAAACAACGGCCAGUGGCUUGAUUAAUCCCAUGUGUGAAGCGUUCCCACGUGUGGUCAGUUGCACGUACUGGAAAUAUGGAUCUGGCGGAAGACAGACAGGAGUGUCUGCUUUAUGCAUCCUGGCGAUGAACAUUAUCAUUGACAAGGUAUAUUUGAUCCUCUGGUUUUGGUUUAUCGUCAUAGCCAUUCUUGCAUUUUUCCGUGUUGCCGGUCGAGUAUUACAAUGCACAAGCACUUACGUCCGCUAUUAUUUACUCAAGUUCAAAAUGUACCGGUAUUUCAAAGACGACGACAACCUAAUCCGAAUCGAAGAGUACAUCCACGCUUGUUCACUUGGGGAUUGGUUCGUUCUCUACCAGAUGAGCAAGAAUCUGAAUCGAAGGUUCUUCUACAAAUUCCUCAUUGAACUCAGUUGGGAUGCUACCAGACUGAGAUAUGAAUACGAACACCCAGAAUAAUUGUGAAUCUAUCGCUCAUGAUCUACUUACUUAGAAACAUGACAUUACUCACAA